AUACAUAGCCAUGAAAUGAAAUAGAACAUUGUGGACUAUUGGUGAUGUCAUCUUGAGUAGAGAAACAACUGCUCCACCAGAAUACGUACCUAUUUUGACAAUUCUUUUUCAUUAAAAAAUACGAUGAUUACGCGGUUAAGCAAACAAGCACAUGGUCGGUGGAAUUGCUUGAACUCUGUUCCUACAACAGUAACACGUAACAUGUUACAUACCCUUCAAAUCCAACCAUCUUUGUUUCCUACAUAAUUCAUUCAACCUUGUUCUGAAUCUCUCAUCACAAACUUUUAUCUCUUCCUUUUACAUACAACAUGAACAACAACAACAACAACAACAAUCAAAACCAAUCAUCACCUGAUGAAAACCCAUUUGCAUCACCAACACCACCAUCAUCAUCAUCAUCAUCUGUUCCACUUCCACCACAGAAUCAUGCAACAACUGAGAACUGGGGAACACACAUGAUGGGAGCACCAGCUGUACCAAGUAGUCAUCCAGACAACAAAAAAGCAGCUUUACAAACUGCUUCUGCUGAUGGACAAGGACAGCCUCAGGUUCAUUACUACCAGCAAGACCAUCCUUACGUGCAACACAGUCCUGUUGAUAAGCCUAGCAGUAGUCCUAUGGAAUCAAUUCUUCAUAUGUUUGAUUCUUGGAGUAAAAAAGCUGAAGCUACCGCCAAUAACAUCUGGCACAAUCUUAAAACAGGGCCUUCAGUGUCUUCAGCUGCAAUGGGGAAGAUGAAUCUGACCGUAAAAGCGAUAUCAGAGGGUGGAUUUGAGUCACUCUACAAACAAAUAUUCACUACUUAUCCAAAUGAGAAGCUGAAAAAGACAUUUGCUUGUUACCUUUCAACAACAACAGGGCCUGUUGCAGGAACCCUUUACUUAUCAGAUAUUCAUCUAGCAUUUUGUAGUGAUCGCCCUUUGAGUUUCACUGCACCCUCCGGCCAAGUGACUUGGAGCUAUUACAAGGUGAUGGUGCCUUUAGGGAAGAUUGGAACAGUUAAUCCUGUGAUCAUGAGGGAGAAUCACUCAGAGAGGUAUAUCCAGAUUGUGACAGUUGAUGGGCAUGAUUUUUGGUUCAUGGGUUUUGUCAAUUAUGAUAAAGCAGUAAAGAACCUAUCAGAAGGCAUCUCACAUUUUGUUGUGUCAGGCGUUGCCGCACCGUCGACUAACUAGUUCUUCAAGCUGGAAUUUUCCCCAUUUUUCUUAGAGUGUGUUUGUGAUUGUUUUAAUUUCUUGUUUAAAAGGUAUAGUAUUGUAUUUUAUGCUUGAAUCAGUAGUUGAUUAUGUAAAUUUUGUAGGGACAUGUAUGCUAAACUUCAUUACUCCACAGUUAAUAUUGAUAUAUGUUCUGUAUCAUUUCUUCCUCUAAGGUGUUAUUGCAAUUUUACUUUUCAGUUA